GGUGCCAAGAUGCAGAAGCAUUUGAGCUGAGCUCCAGUGGUUUCACCAACGGCGUAUUCGUCAAGUUUCUGAAGAAGCGACUGCUCGAUGAUGAGAAGAUCACAGUGGUGCUGGACAGAGUUGCUGAAGACAUGGGACAAUUUGAUGCUACGAGGGGGAAGCAGGCUCUGGAGAUUCGCAGCAGCCUGUCCGAGAGGAGAGCUCUGACCGAUCCCAUCCUGCCCAGUGACAGCGUUGACCUCACUCUUGGUCCCAGUCGCCAGUGGGCUAAGGCUCAUGAGCUUCCUGAGAGCAUGAGUCUCAUCUUUGACUGCGGGGCUCAGAUCAAGUUGGGCUUCGCUGCAGAGUUCUCCAACGUGCUCGUCAUUUACACACACAUCGUAAAGAAACCUGAAGACAUGUCCUUCUGCCAGGCUCAUGUCACAGACUUCUCACAGGAGCUUGAUGUGGAUCCCAAAGAGAUGAACAGAGAGACCCCAGAAGAGACGGGGAUCUACUUCCUGUCCAGCACCCUGCCACAGCACUGUCUCUACACCAGACUCAGCUCACUGCAGAAGCUCAGGGAGGAGCUUGUGUUCACCGUGUGCCUUCAGGGCACGUUCUCAGCCAUGGACGAUGAUCCUGUUCAUUGGACCAAGAGCAUCAACAUUGGGAAGCCACUGAUCGCCCGACUGGACCUGCACCGUGCCAUGCGGAGGAAUAGCUGCCUAAGGACCUGUAUGAUGCCCCACAGCCCGUCCCACAGCCCCUGUCAAAGUCCCAGGUCUGAACACUUCCUCCACCUACAUCACGGGCCUCACCAGGCCCAGGACCCCAGCCGCCUCUCCCCACAGCAAAACUACCUGGACACCUACGAGCGUCUCCAGGGCGCAGUGGGAGGCUGUGAAGACUCCUUCUAUGAAAACCUCAACCAGUGUCACAAUGAGCAGAUGCACAACUCAGGUGGGGAGCUGUCGAGCUCACCGGGCAGGCACAGCAUCCCUAUAGAGGCCAGUGACGACAUCAACGAGCUGCAGACUGCUUUCAUCAACAGUCUGCAGCUUUAGCACCAGUGAAACAGCUGCUGCCGUCGCUGGGUUUCCGUGUGUAAAUGUCUGAUAAAGCUGAUUCACUGCUGCUCUUCUUGUAACUGUAACAGUAGUAACUUUAAAAAUAUAGAUUUUUAGAACGUUGUGUCCUUAAACAAGCAUUACCUGUGUCAACAUGCUGUAUACUGACAUUAGUCUACAGAUUUACAUUUUGAAAAUACAUAU